AUGUAUGGAUAUGAAUUUCAAUCAAAAUAUAAUUUGGCUUUUAUAGUUUUGGAAUUAGCUGACGAAUUAUUUCUCGAUCGCAUUAGAAUUCUUCAUAAAAAACAUUUAAGUUCGAAAUAUUCGGAUUCUAAUGAUUUUAUUUCAUCGAAAGAUCGACAAAAUAUUUGGGUUCAAUUAGUUAAUAUUAUUCUUGCACUUCAUCGACAUGGUGUUGUUCAUCGUGAUCUCAAACCGGCUAAUUUAUUAUAUUUCGGGAAAAGACUUAAAGUUAUUGAUUUUGGUUCAGCACAAGAUGAAUUUGCAGGAUAUAGUGGACGUCAAAGAAUAGGAGGUUCACGCCCUUACAGUGCACCUGAAUGUUUUUCAGGACAAAUACCGAUAACAUCAAAAGCUGAUAUCUGGUCCGUAGGUGCGAUUUUAUACUUUUUGACCUAUGGAAAAAGACCUAUUUAUGAAAAUCCACGUCCACCAAAUGGUGUUUCAUCAACUAGUUCUAAUCUUGUUCAAGAUAUUCUUCAUCAUUGUCUUCAACGAAAUCCAAAUCGACGACCAGAUCAUCAAUGGCUUGCUCAACAUCCUUUAACAAAAUCAUCUCGCUUAGGAUUUUUGAAUUGGUUGAGAAUUCAUUGA